AUGACCGACGCCACACCCGGACCCCUUGACGGCGUGCGUGUGCUGGACCUGACUUCCAUGAUUUCCGGACCCGUUGCAACAAUGAUGUUGGCUGACCAGGGUGCGGACGUCAUUAAAGUGGAGGCUUUAUCCGGCGACCUGGUGCGCGGUGCGGGCCCGAAUCGCAGUGGUAUAACCGCAACAUUUAUAUCCUCCAAUCGUUCCAAGCGCAGCCUGGCGCUGGAUUUGAAAACCCAGGCAGGGGCCAAAAUUCUGCGAGAGUUAGUCGCGACAGCAGAUGUGUUUGUGCAGAACUUCAGGCCAGGCACCAUAGAACGUAUGGGGUUUGGUGAAGACUCUGUGCGCGAGAUUCGCCCGGACAUAAUCUAUGUGUCAAUCAGCGGCUUUGGUGAAAGCGGGCCUUAUGCGCAUCAGCGUGUGUACGACCCGGUAAUCCAGGCGCUCUCCGGGCUGGCUGCUAUUCAGGCUGACGGCGAAACCGGGCGGCCGAAGAUGAUACGCACCAUUAUUCCGGAUAAAACCACUGCGGUGACUGCUGCCCAGGCGAUUACAGCAGCGCUGUUUGCGCGGGAGCGUAAAGGCGUGGGACAACAUGUUCGACUGGCAAUGUUAGAUACGAUGCUGGCCUAUUUAUGGCCGGAAGGUAUGUCUGGCUACACCCUGGUGGGUAAAGAAGUAAAGGCGGCCCGUGCGCAGCUGUCACCAGACCUGAUUUUUGCCACCACAGAUGGAUACAUCACCGCUGGAGCGGUUUCCGAUAAAGAAUGGCACGGUAUGUGUCGCGCCCUGGACAAACCCGAAUGGCGGGAUGAUGAGCGCUUUGCCACUAUCAAUGCCCGAGCGAUGCACGUCACGGAGCGAUUGCAGCUCACUGCAGAGGUCAUUGCCACCAACAGCUCAGCGUACUGGUUGCAGCACCUGGACGCGGAGGGUGUGCCCUGUGCGCCGGUGUUGAGUCGUGAUGAUCUCCUCACUCAUGAACAGAUCCUGGCCAAUGAUAUUCUGCGUGAAUAUGAGCAUCCAACGGCAGGCACCAUCCGUCAGCCUCGUCCUGCGGCUCGGUUUGACAAAACACCUGCGCAGAUUCGUCGCCAUGCGCCUAGUCUGGGCGAACACUCAGAAGAAUUGCUGGCUGAGUUAGGCUACAAGACCGAUGAAAUCGCUGUCAUGGUCAAAGAAGGUGUGUUGGGCGUCUCAUCAGGGUAG